UUUUUCAACUUUAUUUUUUUUUAUAAUCAAGAUAUUUUUUUUUUUUUUUUUUUUUAUAUUUUAUAUUUUUUCAAGAAUUCACUUGUUGGAAGAACCCCCACCACAAGAAAAAUCCCAAAACAAAAACAGACUAAAAAUCCCAUUUUUAAGUAAUUAUUUCAACAAUUUUCACUUUAAUUGAAUUUCAAGACAAGAUACAACUUUUUUUCCUUUUUUUUUCUUUUCAAGAAUUCACCUUUUUGGAAAAAAAACUCUAAAAACAUAUUCAAAAUCUCACCUUUUUAGAUUUUUUCAACAUUUUGUAGUUAUUGGAUUCAACAAGUAGUGGAAAAAAUGUCAUUUGUUAUAGGUGUUGUAAUUGGAAUAGUAUUUGGACUUGCUAUAAUAGUUGCUUUUGUGAAAUCUGAAAAUGCUAGAUCCAAACAAAGAACUAAUCUUGCUAGUGGAAUUGCUGCAUUUGCAAGAAUGACAGUGGAUGAUUCAAGAAAGAUAUUUACACCAGAACACUAUCCUUCCUGGGUUGUUUUUUCAAAUCAGCAAAAGUUGACGUGGCUUAACUCUCAUCUCGAAAAGAUCUGGCCGUAUGUGGAUGAGGCAGCAUCGGAACUAGUAAAGGCAAAUGUGGAGCCAAUUUUGGAACAAUAUAGGCCUGUGAUUUUGGCGUCGUUGAAAUUCUCUAAGUUCACUCUUGGUACAGUUGCUCCACAAUUCACAGGGAUUUCUAUUAUUGAAGAUGGAAGUGAGGGCAUUACGAUGGAAUUAGAGAUGCAAUGGGAUGGAAACCCAAGCAUAAUACUCGACAUCAAGACUUAUCUUGGUGUAGCAUUACCAGUGCAGGUGAAAAACAUCGGGUUUACUGGUAUUUUCAGGCUCAUCUUCAGGCCACUUGUCAAUGAAUUUCCUUGCUUCGGAGCUGUAUGUUAUUCUCUAAGGCAGAAGAAAAAGCUGGAUUUUACACUUAAAGUAAUCGGUGGCGACAUGACAGCAAUUCCCGGCCUUUCUGAUGCGAUUGAGGGAACUAUCCGGGACGCUAUUGAAGACUCUAUCACGUGGCCGGUUCGGAAAGUUAUUCCCAUUUUACCCGGGGAUUAUAGUGACCUUGAACUGAAGCCUACCGGAGUAUUGGAGGUGAAACUUGUUCAAGCAAAGGAGUUGACAAAUAAAGAUAUCAUCGGAAAAUCUGAUCCUUUUGCUAAGUUAUAUGUACGACCUAUACGAGACAGAAUGAAGAAGAGCAAAAUAAUUAACAACGAUUUGAAUCCAAUCUGGAAUGAGCACUUUGAGUUCGUAGUUGAAGAUCCAUUAACACAACACUUGGUGGUAAAAAUCUAUGACGAUGAAGGACUUCAGUCAGCUGAACUAAUUGGAUGCGCCCAUAUCCGUUUGAGUGAGCUUGAGCCUGGUAAAGUGAAGGAUAUCUGGUUGAAGUUGGUGAAAGAUUUGGAAAUUCAGAGAGACCAGAAAAAUAGGGGCCAGGUGCACUUGGAGCUAUUGUACUGCCCGAAUGGCAUGACCAAUGGGCUCAGUAACCCUUUUGCUAAGAAUGAGUCGAUGACUUCAUUAGAGAGAGUUCUUAAAAACGGGGCAGAAGGAAAAGAAGCUAGUUCAAACGGAAUUGAAAAUAGGAAAAGAAGAGAGGUAAUAGUUCGAGGGGUACUUUCUGUUACCGUGAUAUCUGCUGAUGACCUGCCCCCUGCUGAUAUAACGGGGAAAGCUGACCCCUACGUCGUGCUGAUCAUGAAGAAGGCUCAAAUCAGGAACAAAACAAGGGUUGUAAAUGAAAGUCUAAAUCCGAUAUGGAAUCAGACUUUUGACUUUGUUGUCGAGGACGGAUUACAUGAUAUGCUAAUGCUGGAAGUCUGGGAUCACGACACAUUUGGAAAGGAUUUCAUGGGAAAAUGCAUACUGACGUUAACGAGAGUUCUAAUGGAAGGCGAAUACAAAGACACAUACGAGUUAGCUGAGGCUAAGUCGGGGAAACUGAACUUGCAUCUCAAAUGGAACCCGCAGCCGAUAUACAGAGACCACCAAUGAUGAACAUCAAACUUCAGUUCUAAAUUCUUGUUAGAUUUGUACAGGGAACGACAGCGUAUAGUCAAGUAUUUUCUGUACAUGAUGUAUUAAAAGCCGUGGAAAUAGUCUCUUGCAGAAAUACUGGAUAAGGCUGUGUACAAUAGUCUUUUGGGGUCCGACAUUUCCUCGGACCCCAUGCAUAGCGGGAGCUUUAGUGCACAGAGCUGCCGUUUUAGAACAGAAUAAAAAUGGAGUAAUUUUUCAUGUUGAAGUUAUUACUAUGUACUACUAACAACUCACUUUUUAUCUUUGGCAAUACGACAGUUUUGAUUGUGUUGAA